AUGCUAACCUCCAUGCUUAAACUUAAUCCCCAAUCCCGUUCCUUAUGGCUUUCAUGCCUCUCCGCCUCCUUCCGCACGGCUGUCGCCUGCUCAAUCGUAGCCGUUGCCACCCUCUUCGGCCCCUCCUCCCUCCGCAGCCAAGUUGCCUUUCCAGCCUUCUCUUACGUCACUGUCAUUCUCAUCGUGACCGGUGCUUCCCUUGGUGACACACUUCGCGGCUGCUGGGACGCUCUCUGUGCGACUGUUUUAACAGUUAUUCCGGCAAUCGUAGGGCUUUGGGCGAUAGAGCCGUCACGGAUGACAACGGCGCUUACUGCGGUGGUGGUGGGUAUGGCGGCGUUCGUGGUGAUGCUGCCGGAUCAUAAGACUCAUUUGGUGUCGAAGAGAAUAGCGUUGGGGCAGAUUGUGAUUAUCUACGUGGUGGCGUAUGAUAAGGGUGGUCAGACUGAUCCAGUCAUGCAUCCUGUACACGUGGCAGCUAGCACCGCCAUUGGGGUGUUGGCUUGUGUUCUUGCGUUAUUGCUUCCGUAUCCUGGUUUGGCUACGUGUCAGGUGAAGAAGAAGUGCAAGCUUUAUGCAGAUAAUGCUUCAGAGAGGGUAGAACUGUGUGUAAAGGCAUUUUGUUCAGAAGACAAUAGAAGAGCACACUCUUUCGUCUCACAAGCCAAGUCUCUUGCCAUUAAUGGAACCAAACUCCUAAAUGCCAUCAAAUCCAAGAAAGAAAGCAUGAAAUGGGAAACACUUCCAAUAGAGUUCUUGAAACCCUACUGCAUGAAUACAGCACAAAAGAUGGAAGAAAUAGAGAUGCCAAUAAAAGGGCUAGAAAUGGGUUUGUCCCAUUUUCAUUCAUUUCCACCUCAAAUCCUCGAUCAAGAUCUAAAAGAUAACUUGCAUAAGCUUCUACAACACAUAACCAUAACCUUUGACCAACUAAAGUCUUGCAUCCCUUUCGAUUCUGCAACUUUUCCCGAAACAAAUCUUGAAAAUCCAACGUUUUCCCUCCAUUCUUUCCCUCAAACCCACAAAGAUCUGUCCUCUUUUUUCUUCUUAUUCUGUUCCAAAUUACUUGAAAGAAAGAUGACAUUGACAGAUAAUUCUCCAGCAAAGGCGCCUUCAUCUUCAAGCGAAGGGCAGAAGAACAAAAAGGAUCCACAAUUCGAUCUUUUUGAAUCGAUUAACACCUUUCUGAUGCACCGAAGGUUCGUGCUUGCAUUGAAAUGUUCAUUAUCCGUAGGUUUCGCUGUUCUAUUUGGAUUAAUAUACAGCAAAGAAAACGGGAUAUGGUCGGGACUUCCAGUUGCGAUUAGUUUUGCUGCUUCAAGAGAAGCCGUUUUUAGGGUUUCAAAUCUCAAAGCUCAAGGCACUGUGUUAGGAACUGUAUAUGGAGUAUUGGGUUGUUUUGUUCUUGAGAAAUAUGUUAAAGUAAGGUUCUUGAUUCUUCUUCCAUGGUUCAUUUUCUGUAGUUUGAUUAGGGGAAGCCGAAUGUAUGGUCCUGCUGGUGGUGUGUCAGCUGUAAUCGGCGCUGUUUUAAUUCUCGGAAGGGAGAAUUUUGGUUCUCCAACAGAAUUCGCUAUCAUUAGAAUUGUUGAAGCGUUCAUUGGAUUAUCUUGUUCAAUUGUUGUCGAACUCAUGUUUAGACCCACUAGAGCUUCAACUCUAGCGAAAUUCCAACUCUCCAAGAGUCUCCAAGUUUUGCACGAGUGUGUAAACACAAUUAAUCUUGGAGGAAAAAGUCAAGAUUGUUUCGAAGAUUGUCAAAGGAAACUUAAAGCUAAUGUGAAUGAAUUGAAAAAGUUCAUCGAUGAGGCUGCUAUGGAACCCAACUUUUGGUUUUUGCCAUUUAAUAGUGCUUGUUAUAGUAAGCUCUUGAAGAGUGUGUCGAACAUGGAGGGUCUUUUCGUCUUUUUGAACCAUGCAAAUCAUCAUAUAACACAAGAAAACAUAAGCAUGAAGACACUUGAAGAUGAGGUGGAGAUCUUUAAAGAAAUGAUUCACCCUUCGCUCAAGUGUUUUGAGAGGCUUGUUUUGGUCAAAUCACUAAACAAACUUGACAAGGAGGUUCAAAAGAGUGGUGCUUCUAACACAUAUAGUGAUGUUGAGAUGGGGAAAUUACCAAUUACCCCUUCAAAGUUACAUGAACAUGGAUCAAAUGGGGAAGAUGAGAUGGAGAAUGUAAUAAAUUCAUAUCUAAAAAGAUCACAAGAAGUUGUUAUUGGAGAGGGGUGUGAGGAAGUGAAGGAGCAUGAACUUGUAUUGAGUUUAAGUGCGAUUGGAUUUUGCUUGAGAGGUUUAGUGAGGGAGACGAGGGAGAUUGAGAAAGGGGUUACAGAACUUUUGCAAUGGGAGAAUCCUUCAAGUCUUGUAAAUUUGAAUGAAAUUUGUUGCAAGAUACAUGAUGUAUCUCAUAUUUGA